AUGCAAGGUCAAUUUGCAUCACCAUCAGCAUGUAUUGCAGCUCAACAUGGUGAUCUCGUAAGUUGGUGGUUAUCUUAUGGUGAUAAGUAUUCAUCCCUCCAGAAGAUUGCAGUAAAGAUAUUAAGUCAAACAAAUACAUCGUCUGGAUCAGAGAGGAAUUUAAGUGUGUUUGAAAGAAUCCAUACCAAACUACGCAAUCGUUUACUUUCAUCGAGAAUAAAUGAUCUGGUGUAUGUCCAGUACAAUUUGAAGUUGGAGCAACAAAGAAUUAAAGGUAAAGCAAGGCGACAUAACAUUGAUGUUCACGACGUUCAUAGUCUAUUGAAGGAUGACAAUAUGCUUGACUGGAUAGCGGGGGAAGACGAAACACCGGUUUUGCCUCAAGAAGAACAAUGGUUAAAUAUGCUGGAAGAGGAAGUCGUUAAUAAUCCAGAGCAUGUCCCUCCACCAUACAACUGGCAUGAUCCUGAAGUUCAAAUCCCAUACGAAAGGUUACCAGUGAGUGACUUUGGUAAUCUUUCAUUUGGAGACAACACACAAGGUUAUGAGAAUGUGAAUCCAACAUAUGAUUCUCGUUACACUUCCGAUCGCUCUGACCAUGGUGUUCAACAUAUGAACGAAGGAUAUAAUUCUAAUAUUGAUAACAAUAAUGAAGUAGGUAACAAUGAUGAUGAAAAUGAAGGAGGUUAUGAUGACGAUAAUGGAGGUUAUAAUGAUGAUGAUACUUAUGCAGAUGAAUAUAGCCAGUACCCCCACGACAACGACUAUGAUGUGGAAAGGAACCGCCGAGAAAAUCAAGAAUACAUGAAUAAAUCAAAAAAAGGUGGUGGUCGUAGUUGGUUCACGUAG